AUGCGCCGUCGAGUUCACGCCACGCAGUUUCUUUCACUGGCGGUGUUCCUACUGCUGUUAAUGUACGGCGCCGGUGGGUGCCUCGCCGCCGCGCACCGCCGUGCCUUCGACGAGGUGUUGUGGGGGAACGGCCGGCCACCGACCGCGAUGGUGCGUGAGCUGCCGCGCAAGGGGCAGGGCGCGACGCAGGCGUACACCGUCGCCACAGCAGGGGAGGAAAACAGUGGCUGGGCGCCCAUCCGCAUCGCGGUGUCCACGGAGGAUUUGACGGACCCCAGUAAGCACUGCAUGGAAGAAGGGGAAAUGAAACCAGACUUCAGGGGACAGGAUUCAGAGUGCUGGAAGGAGGAUGUUUUGACCGCGGAGAUGACAAAAGCCUUGGUGGAGGAGACUGUUCUUGUGGCCAUCAAAUUGCACGCGGAGCGUUUGCUCGUUCAGCGCAUG